AUGGUCCUGAUCGACAAGCAAGAGUACAUCACGCAAGAAGAGAAGCGUCUUCAGGAGGAUCGGGAGCGCACUCGCUACUGGAAGAAAUGGGGUCCUUAUGUCGCGGAGCGUCAAUGGGCAACGGUGCGCGAGGAUUAUUCUGAGGAUGGUGAUGCGUGGAGCUAUUUCACCCACGACCAUGCGCGGUCGCGAGUCUUCCGUUGGGGUGAAGAUGGUAUUGCUGGUGUCUCCGACACCCACGGUCUCCAAAACAUUGCCUUUUCGUUCUGGAACGGCGAAGAUGACUUCCUCAAGGAGCGUCUCUUUGGUCUCUCCAACCCCCAGGGAAACCACGGUGAGAGUAUCAAAGAGUGCCACUUUCACGUGGACAACACCCCGACGCAUUCAUACAUGAAAUUUUUGUACAAGUAUCCCCAGAGAAAGUUCCCUUACCAGGACCUGAUUGAUGAAAAUGCCAAGCGCACCCGACUGGAGCGUGAAUACCAGCUCCUCGACACCGGCAUCUUCGAGGACAACCGGUACUGGGAUAUUUUCAUCGAGACGGCCAAGGAGAGCGACAACGAAGAGGAAUUGAUCUUCCGUGUGAUUGCAUACAACCGCGGCCCCGAGCCGGCUCCUCUGCACAUCAUUCCGCAAGUCUGGUUCCGAAACACCUGGUCCUGGGGCGCUGAGAAGGACAAGAAGAAGCCGAGCCUGAAGCAGGAUGGCGAACGCGUCGCCAAGUCCGAUCACUACAAGCUGGGUGAGCGAUACGCGUGCUUUGCGCCCUCCCCUCCCGUGGGAUCCAGCGAAGAAGACAUUCAGCCCAGAAUGCUCUUCACCGACAACGAAACCAACCACAAGAAGCUCUGGGGCACCGAGAACGACACUCCCUACGUCAAGGAUGGCUUCCACCGUCACAUCGUGGAGGAAGAGAAGGAUGCGGUGAACCCCGCCAAUGAGGGUACCAAGAUGGCGGCGUGGUAUGCAUUCGACAAAGGCGAGGGUGUUCCUCCCGGCGAGUGUGCCGUGGUGCGAUUCCGCUUCUCUCGCAACAAAGUAGAAUUCGUUGACGAGGAAGUUUUGGACGACGUGAUCGAGCAGCGCCGUGCUGAGGCGGAUGACUUCUACUACCGCAUCAGCCCCCUCCCCAUGAGUGACGAUCUGCGAAAUAUCCAGCGUCAGGCCUUCUCCGGCAUGAUGUGGUGCAAGCAAUACUACAACUUCAUCUGGGAUCAAUGGAGCAACGGUGACCCAGGCGAGAUCCCCCCUCCGGCGGGCCGCAAGGGCAUCCGCAACGAGCAAUGGCGGCAUCUGCAUAUCGACGAUAUUCUGUCCAUGCCUGAUUCGUGGGAGUACCCCUUCUUCGCUGCAUGGGACACCGCUUUCCACUGUAUUCCCUUGGCGAUGAUUGAUCCCGACUUUGCCAAGAAGCAAUUGGACCUGCUCACGCGAGAAUGGUACAUGCAUCCUAACGGUCAGUUGCCCGCCUACGAGUGGAACUUUGGCGAUGUCAAUCCGCCAGUGCAUGCAUGGGCUGUGUUCCGCACCUUCAAGAUCGAGCGCAAGAUGUACGGCCGUCAGGACUUGGACUUCCUCGAGCGAGUCUUCCAGAAGCUGCUCCUCAACUUCACCUGGUGGGUGAACCGUAAGGACUCGGACGGCAAGAACGUCUUCGAGGGUGGUUUCCUGGGUCUUGAUAACAUUGGUCUGUUCAACCGCUCCGAGCCUCUGCCAACGGGUGGUGUUCUGGAGCAGGCAGACAGCACCGGCUGGAUGGCUUUCUAUUGUCUGACCAUGAUGAACAUUGCUUUGGAGCUGGCCAAGCACCGCCGUACAUACGAAGACAUUGCAUCCAAGUUCUUUGAGCACUUCAUCCUGAUCAGUGAUGCUUUGACCUACCGUUCCGGGGAGGACAGCAUCAAGUCUCUGUGGAACGAGGAAGACAACUUUUACUACGACGCUAUUUCCUACGGUGGCCCCUGGACACAACAGUUGCCCGUUCGAUCCCUUGUCGGUCUUAUCCCGCUGUACGCCGUGCUCACUCUUGAGCCGGAGAUCAUCAAGAAGUUUCCCUCAUUCAAGCGCCGCGUCGACUGGUUUAUCGAGCACAAGUCCGACGUGGCUGAGCGUAACAUUGCCAGCAUGAAGACCCGUGGGAAAGACGACCGCCUUCUCUUGUCUUUGGUCAGCAAGGACCGCCUGGAGAAGAUUCUCCGACGUAUGUUGGAUGAGACCGAGUUCCUGGCUGAGCACGGUAUCCGCUCCAUGUCCAAAUACCAUGAGGAGCACCCAUACUCCAUGGAAGUCAACGGUCAGACUUUCAAGGUUGGCUACGUGCCUGGUGAUUCGGACAGCGCUCUGUUUGGCGGUAACAGCAACUGGCGUGGUCCCAUCUGGCUCUGUGUCAACUUCCUGCUUGUGGAGUCUCUGCUCCGCUUCUACAUGUUCUACGGUGAUUCAUUCAAGGUGGAGUGUCCCACUGGGUCUGGCGACUACAUGCACCUGGGCCACGUCGCCGAGGAGCUGCAGCACCGCAUGCAACAUCUGUUCGCUCGCAACGACGAAGGUCGUCGUGCCAUCAACGGUCAAUCCGAUCUGCUUGACUUGACGAGCACUGGAAGGACUACCUGUGGUUCAACGAGUUCUUCGACGGCGACACCGGUCGUGGUCUGGAUCAUCCAUGAUACUGGUCUCAAUUGCCGUCUGCCACAGACUCCCCGAUCUCCCUUCGAUGCCGCCUCGCAUUACUUCGACGACAUGUUCACCCGCACCGGUCGUCGUCGCACCCCGGACCGUCCCUUCAUCCGCCGCUCAUCGACCACACGCUCAAUCGGCAACCGGAGUGACUUCAACUCCACCAUCACCGGUGACGCCACCCCCACCGUCCACCGGCUUCGACGAGGAUGGCAACAGCAGGCCGAUCAGCCGCCAGGGCAGUGCUGUUGUCUUCUCAAAAUGGUCACGACGACGAGCACUUGCACAAUUACGUGGCCAGCCAGUUGCAGCGCGUUCGGAGCUCGGCGUCUAUUGCUGAGCAUUAUGAGGACGAGUUGGAGACACACGCUGACAAGCAGAACGGUGACUCCUGAGCUCUGA